UCAGAUCAUUUCCUUCCCGUGUCACCGGGCUAGGGUUGACAGUGCGCCAUGCACGGAGAUGCGGGAGGUGGGGACAUGCAUGCCGGUGGGGGAGGGGAGGAGCCAUGCAGCGGUCGAAUGUGGUACAUCUGGCAGCACGAGAGAGGUGGAUCCAUGGCGGUCUCACCGCCACAGCGGGCCCAGAUCUGACCAGGGGGAGACCGCGGGACGCGGAGAGGGAGCAGACGCAUCAUAUCCCCCACCCCCACCUACCUCCAUUAUUGAGAGCCGCAGCUCGCAUCUCGCUCCGCUUUUCGGGCACCUAUGGGAGAAAACUAGGGUUUGCCAUUCCUCUUCUCCCCCCUCGCGAGAUUCCUUCGGGUGGUGGCGUGGCAAGGUGGGCGGCGACGAGCGUUCGUUCGCUCACGUGGUGGGUGCUCGCGCGCGCGGGCGCGGUGCUUCAUCCGCAUCGAUGGGGGAUCGUGGGGGAGGCAGAUCUGGCGGAUGGCGCGACUCCUCGACGCGCGGUGGAUUCGGCGGGGGACGCAAGACGGCGCAGGCGAAUCCCUCUCGCCACAUGGUGUGGCAACGCCCAGAUCCGCCGCCGCCACCAUCUGGAGGGGCCAGAUCUGGCGGAGGUACUGAAGAUCGAUGGGAGGCUGCGGCAAGGGCGAUGGGUGGAGACGCCAAGGCACGGGCGAAUACGACGACGUCGACGGCUCAGACGGCUUCAUCGGCAGCGGUGGGUGCUCCAGAUCCAGCUGCCAAGGUCAACGACAAGCUCUGCCUCAACUGCAACCUCCCAGUAGCUGAAAGUGAGGAGGAGGGGGAAAGCGAUGAGGGAAAUCAUACUGAGCUUCUGCUCGAAUCUAUGGCCAGAGAAUAUGCAGCUGAGAAAAUGUCUUAUUCUGAAUCACCAGCUGAAAAAUCUUAUGAGGAAAAAACUGAUGAGAUAUCAGGGGAUGAGAUGGAAAGGUCUCCUUGUGUUGCUGGCAAUAUGAAAAAAGAUUAUGUGGUGUGGCCAUCUCUGCCUCAUAUUGUGCCUCUUGAUGAAGGGUCCACUGAAGGGGGGAUAGUCACAGUGUUUACACUGUUGAAUCGCCUUCUGGAUCGCCAAUGCAUGAAAAUAUGGCUCCUAAAGGGCAGGCUUCGCGCAGACAGUUUCAGAAACUGGAGCGUGUGGAGGAGACGGCCACCAACAGACUAAAGAAGCGCGAUGCUGAAGGACUGGUGAAAGAAGAAGAUAGGUCGAAGUUUCAGGCGGGCGUGAAGAGAAUGGCGUAUGCGGCAGCAGCUCUGGCGGACAGGUCUCACUCGCGAGGUGUGAUGCUUUUGAAGGAUGGAGAUGGGAUCCAGAUCGGCUAACCUGCUCGUUUUCCAGUCCACUGGGGUUUGAUGCCCGUCCUGGAGUGAUCUAUGAUUUUGGAGGAUUAUCUCUUUAUGCCCUGAGUAGGCUAUGUAGCCUCUCAGGUUUCGCACUAUUAUCUUUUGUGGUUAGGGUAGUGGCUAGUCAGUGUCGUCAGGUUUUCGUCCCAUGGCGGUUGAUCCGUUUUAGGGUCUUCUUGCGGUGG